CAGGAUACCGCGCAUAACGACCCUUUUUCUCGACCGAGGGACGCACUGGCUUGGAUGAUCGUGUUCCGGCAUUAAUAUACUAACAACAGCAUUAUUCAACCUUGUCGCCAUGGCUCCUUCGCCGCGCAAACGCGCGCCGCCUGCUUCGUUUCAACAGACAUGGAACGACACUGAUGCCGCCUUCCUCGACACGAGCGCCCUCCCCGUAUCCAAGAUCCCCCGAGGCUGGGAACGCAAACAAGAAAUCAAGAAGGCCGGUGACGGCAAGGAGAAGAAGAUCUGGCGAAGAAUUAGCCUCCGGUCGCGUGGGCUACCCGCGACAGAGGGGGACGAGGAAGAAGAGGAACACGAUGCGCGGUCGCGAGCAGUAAAGAGACGGCAGCACAUGAGCCCCAAGACUAUGGAAAAAACGAGCACUGCACCCAACAGCAAGACGCGCGCCUUCAAAGCGACGCGUUGGGAUCGACGGAAGAGCGUCCUGCCCAGAAAGAGAGCUACACGGAGUUCCGCGGUCGACGUAGAGGCGGUGAGCGAUAUUGAAGACACGACAGACCCAAACAUGGCCAACGAUAGCUCCACAGAUGUUGAUAUGGCCGGCGUCCAGACGGUAGCACCAGCCCGAACUCUGCAACCAAACAGUGAGGACAAGAGGACAUCGUUCACAUUUACAAUGGAGGCGGAGACAGUCGAGGAUCUUCCUGAUUACGAGAGCUUGGAUGGUUUUGAAGACGCCACUCUUGGUGCUGAGCCAUCACCAGUAGAGGAUGCCACAAUCAACAUACUUUUCCGUUCGCCAGCUAAGACAGUUCCGACACAGCCCUCCAGGUCCCCGGAGAAGGUGGAAUAUCCUGAAUUGCCUGGCAACGAUAACCAAGGGGCUGGAAGUGAACUUGACAUGGCCGGAGACGACCUUGCUGCAGACCAAGAUCUCCACGAGGACAUUGUUCACCAGCAGACGAAGCUUCUUGAGCCUCAGACGGAAGAACAAGCCCCGGGCAUUUCGGAGCGCUCUGACCCAGGUCCAUCACCAGAUUCAAAUGAGAUUGCCUAUCCAACUCUGCCGAUAGAGAUAAUUUCGACAGAACCUUUGGCCGACCACAACAGCGAACGCAAGGAUGUAGAAAUGUCUGAGAUUGAGUUGGACAUGGAGACCAGCCAGGACCACCAAGUAGAAGACGAACAUAAUGGCUCUGCCGUUUCCAAUUCAUCUAAAGAAGGGUCUGUUGACGAGGACUCCACCGAAGCCUCGAUACAAUUGGACAUUCAACGACAAUGUAAUAUGUCUUUGGAAGAGGAGCACUCCGAGGAUCCUCAAGCUUCACCUCAAGUAACGCCUAAAGAAACUCCACUAGACGACAUUGCCACUGGACUCCGACUCACACCGGCGAAACUCCCAGCAGCCGAAGCCACACCACGAAGACUACAUUCUCCACCCCCACCACCCCAGAGCGAGUCUGGUCCAGAUGACAUGACAAUGACUGUCGCCAUGGACGACGACACGGCUAUUUUGAAAAACUUUCUUAACCGCGCUGCUGCAAGCAAGGCGGAGAGAGAGACAUUUGUCCAUCGUCGCGAAUCGCUGCAAAACCGCCGCGAUUCAGAUGUCGUGAGAGGUGCGCUUUCAUCGCCCCGUAAAAUUCUGGCAGACAAGGAUCCCAAUUCACCAUCGAAGUAUGACGCUGGUGUGGCAUUGGAUCUCUCUCAAACGCUUACACUGAGCGCGGACAAAGACCUUCCUGCGUCCCAGGUCCUGGAGCAAGCAGAAGCAGAAGACAGCCCAGAGGCUGAUUCAACACAAGGUUCGAGGCGAUCAUCUCGAGCGAAAAAGUCACGUUUGCCUGCUCCGGCUUCAGCAUCGCAAGCCCAAACGUCAAAGAUUGCUAUUCGACGUACCGAUGGGAGCGAGCACGUCGUGCUCAAGAAAAGUGACGCACAGGAGCUUGCCAACAUUACUAGGGUCAACACGCGCAAGAACAAACAGGGGGCUUUCGGCGUGCAUGUGCGCCUCCUCAAGCUCGCGAUGGAAUCCUACGGUCUCCCCCCUGUAGAUGAAUCCACCAGGGAGAUUGUGCUUGGAAAGAACAUUCGCUGGGACGAGCAGCUGGCAUACUAUCAGGAAAACACAGACAACGCCGCGAACCAGCUCGCAGAGGCUGAAUCUCUAGCUACGCCUGAUGAGCUCAGCCUGCCAACUCCAUCAUCCAUUCCAAGCGUCACCCCCAAGCCCAAGGCUUCAAAAGAUCCCAAAGACUCCAAGGACAAACAAUCAACACCCAAAGUCCGCAGAGUCCGUGGCCUCGGCACAGCAAACGGCACACCAGGAAAGGGUCUCCUCGCACCGGCUUCCCUACUCCCCGACGCCGUCCAGGAAGAGAAGGACGCAGCCUCCACACAACCACAAAGACUCCCCAAACCAAAGUCGAGCAAGCUCAAGAAACCAUCCACAGAAUCCUCGACACCGGUUGACACGAAGCUCGCCACACUGGAAAUCACGCCCAUAGGCAUUGACCCUACCAAGGAACGCAAGAGUCGUCUUGCCACGCCGAAAAAGGUCAAACUCCCUCAACCCACAUCCGCAACUGUGGCGGUGGAAGGCAAGGAAAAUCCCCAACGCUCUGGCCUUGGUCUGGGGGAUGCUACGCCUAAGAAGGGCAUUCCUGUACCUAGGGUUGUUAUCCCGCCGCCUGCUGUUGGCAUGGAGUCUGGACUGCCGAGGCGGAGAGGGCGGAAGGUGUAGACGAACGUGCACUUCUUCUUUUUGGGAUGUUGGAGGGGUUUCAACAGUGUGUUUAGCAUUUGAUCUUUUUACGAUUUGUCAUGAUAUUGUUUUGUGUUUGGAGUUUUAUACCUUCUUCUUCUACUACUACUUCUUUGGCAUGUAGAGCGCGUUAAGCAAUGGUUUUGCUUUUCUUUGGUGUUUGGAUCUAUGCAUUGGAUAGAGUGCAUUACUCGGCGUUUCGAAGUGGGGUUGGUUUGGUAGAUGGGACGCUACUACUACUAUUUGUUUUUCUGGAGUCGAAAGGCAUACUUUUAGAUAAUCUGAUCAAUAGCUUCAACAGCGUAUUU